AUGGCGACGAGCAACGACGGCGUCGUGCCAAUCACGGUCGAGUUCACUGGUGGCUUGGAGAUGCUCUUCUCGCACCAGCGCAAGCACGAGAUCGCCCUGCCCGCCAAAGACGAAAAUGGAGAAGCUGCAAAUGUAGCCUUCCUUGUCCAGUACCUCUGCAAGAACACCAUGAAAGACCCCAGAAAAGACCUCUUCGUUCUAGACGAUACCGUACGGCCCGGCAUUCUCGUGCUCAUCAACGAGGCAGACUGGGAGCUCGAGGGCGAAGACAAGUACGAAGUCCAGAAGGGAGACAACAUCUUAUUCGUAUCUACUCUGCAUGGUGGUUGA